CUCCCACCAGCCGGCAUGCAUUUCAUACUCGAGCGAUCGAAGUGAAAACUAGCUUUACGCUACAAACCUAACUACUAAAUUCUCACCGUUCAUUGAAGAAUACUCAACAAAAUGUCUCUGCUACCUUUUGUUCUUGGCUACGAGCGCCCUCGCCACAUGCACUCACACCACUACUGGCCAAGCCGGCUCCUCGACCAGGACUUCGGGCUGGCCCUGACUCCUGACGAUCUCCUCACGGCUGUCGCAGCUCCCAUGCUCUCCGAGGACUACUACCGACCAUGGCGACAACUGGCAGCUCUGAACCGCGACAUGGGAUCCAGCAUCAAGAGCGACAAGGAUAAAUUCCAAGUCAACCUGGAUGUACAGCACUUCGCACCUGAAGAGAUCUCUGUGAAGACUGCUGACGGCUUUAUUGUGGUGGAGGGCAAACACGAGGAGAAGAAGGAUGACCAUGGCUACAUCAGUCGGCAGUUCGUGAGGAGGUACGCUUUGCCUGAGGGUACGGAGCCUGAGACGGUGGAGUCUCGGCUGUCUUCGGAUGGCGUGCUGACCAUCACAGCGCCCAGGAAGGUUCCUGAAGCCAUCAAGGGAGAGAGGAAGGUGCCUAUUUCACAGACUGGUCCCGUCCGCAAGGAGAUCAAGGACCAGGCCAGCAGCAGCAACGGAGUGGCUGAGAAGUAAAGUAGUGCCUCUACUCUAGUCGCGUAGAUUUUUUUAAUUACUGCGAAUUCCAAUUCCAAAGCGUAUGUUUUGAGACUGAAUUAUGUUGUAUUUAAUUAGGUUUAAGUUUAUUUUCUAAUAAAUAAUCUCUUUUUAAUUUUAUCUCUUAAAA